AUGAAAGUAUCAUCAAGAUCGGUGGUUUAUCGAGUUCAAUGUGACUGUAAUUCACCAAAAAAAUAUAAUGGUGAAACAAAAGUGGGCAUUAAAAAGAGAAUGUGCCAACAUUAUCAACUGAUAAACAAACUUGAUACUAAAUCAGAAAUGGUUCAACACAUUGAAGAAACACGUUAUCAAUGCUUAUUUAGUACAGAACAAGCAUUUAUGCUAGAACAAGAAAAGAACUGGUGCAAAAGACAAGUAAAAGAGACAAUUUAUUCAUUAAUUAAUCAUUCAACCAACAAACACGACAAUCUUAAUGAAGCUUAG